AUGCAACCAAACUUGAAUCGAUUCAUUAUUGUUGCUGUUGUUUUGGCGGUAAUUAUUGGCGGAGGCGCGCUCUUCGUCAAAAUCUAUCCUGACCUGCUCUGGUUUGAUAUGGUCGGUUACCUCACCAUCUACAAGACAGUGCUACUGACAAAAAUAGGGCUGGGGAUUGGCGUCAGUGGUUUCUUUCUUGGCGUGACCCUCAUCAAUCUCUAUCUCCUGUAUCGCUUUACCCCAUCUCGGUUGAGUCCAACGCUCGUCGAAGCGAUCCCGCUCGAAGGUAUGCCCGAUUUUAACCUCCGGAAAGCUGUCUAUGUGGUACUUACACUCUUGGCAGUUGGAGGGAGUAUUGUGGGCGGUUAUGCCUCGACAGAUUAUUGGGAGCAAUUUCUCCGCUAUUCAAACGCCAGCAAUCUUUCCUUCCAAUCCGCGACAUCGCUCGAUGCACCGGCAAAUCGAGAUGCGACAGAUGUCCUUAUUUCUGAAUUGGAGCAUAGUGCGAAAGGGCUUAGAGUAGGAGAUGAAGUUACAAUCGAAGAAGGGGAUAGCAAUCAUACAGCACAAAUCCGCUCCAUCAGUCCGGGCGGGGAUGAGAACGUCAAGAUUGCACUAAGCCAAGGGCUUAGUUUCGAUGCAACCGAAGACGCGGUUUUGGUCGCAGCCGCCCGGGAUCCAAUUUUCAAUAAGGAUGUUACCUACUAUGUUUUUCGGAUGCCCUUAGAACGGCUGAUUUGCGGUUAUCUCUUCGGUCUAUUUAUGCUGGCUACCCUUUUUACGGGGGUGAUUUACUUUUUUCACGGGUUACUUAUCAAUGAGGAUAACCGCUUUGCACCGCCGCAGCGUGUCAGGACCCAUCUGUUCAUACUGAUUGGGUUUACGCUGCUGUGUCGUGCAUGGAAUUACCAGUUUGUGAUGUAUGACCUGCUCUACAAGACCAACGAUGUUGUGCGGGGAGGGGGCGGUUAUGCAGCGAUACAGGCACGGCUGCCUGUGUUAUGGAUACUGCUCACGCUUACCGUCAUUUGCGCGUUGAUUUUCUUCAUCAGCAUUUUUCUACGGCGUAUCUCCAUCGCUGUUGGAGGCAUCAUUGUACUUCUACUUGUUGCUUUUAUGGGACAAGCCUAUCCCCGUAUCGUUCAAAACCUGAAAGUUGAACCGAGCAAGCAGGAACUUGAGGGAACGUAUAUCAACUACAACAUCAGGGCGACACUGCACGCAUAUGAUCUGGAGGAUAGCACCGUGACCGAGACGGAGUACCCCCUGACGGGGGAGCUGUCCCACGAUAGCAUCAGGGGAGAGGAAAACGCAGCAGUGAUUAACAGCAUCCGGCUUUGGGAUUGGCGACCACUGCGGCGGACCUUCCGCCAGCUGCAGGAGUUACGUUCACAAUACGAUUUUUUCGACGUAGAUAUUGACCGUUAUCCGAUGGGAAGUGGCGAACCUCGACAGGUGAUGCUUUCCGGGCGAGAACUGAAUAUCAACGACCUACCGCGUGAAGUGAGCCGGGACUGGUUUAAGCGCACCUACGUCUACACCCACGGUUACGGAGCGGUGCUGAGUCCUGUGAACGAAAUCCUGGACGGAAAGCCGAAGAUGUACAUUCGGGAUAUGGACCCGAUUAAUUACGAACCCGAAUGGACACAUCGGUUUAACGAGAAUCCGGGACCUCGAAUUUACUACGGGGAACGCACCGACCAUUAUGUCAUCGUCCAUCCAGACCGGUUAGACGGCCUUGAGUUUGAUUACCCCGAAACGUUUGGACAAGAUUUUGCCAAAUACUCGUACCAAGGUGAAGGCGGUGUUGACCUUUCUUCGUUCAUCCGAAAGUUUGCGUACAUGUUGAAAUUUAACAACGCGCUCAAUUUCAUCUUGCCUGGUGAAAUCCGAUCAACCAGUCGCGUCCUUUACAAUCGAAACAUAAAGGAGCGUGUCAGCCAAAUCGCCCCGUUCCUGAAAUAUGAUUUCGAUCCUUACCUUGUCCUUCACGAUGGUCGGUUGAUCUGGAUGAUCGAUGCGUAUACAACGACCGCGCGUUAUCCCUAUUCCGCACCGAUGCAGGACGCGAUUCGCAGAACCAUUGAGGAGCGGGGUGGUAGACGUGCCGCUGGACGUAUCAUGGGUGGCGAAAGACCGUGGGGGAACUAUAUCCGUAACGCCGUCAAAGUCACGAUCGAUGCCUAUGACGGCAGCGUGAACUUCUAUCUGAUGGAACAGGAGCAAGAUCCGGUUGCGGAGUGUUAUCGCCGUAUCUUCCCUGAUUUAUUCAAACCGUUUGAUGAGAUGCCCGAAGAUCUUAAAUCGCAUAUCCGAUACCCGACCACGAUGUUUCUGAUUCAAGCGCAGAUGUAUCAGGAUUAUCACAUGAAAGAUCCAAUUACUUUCUAUGCAAGUGAGGACCAGUGGCAAAUCGGGGAGGAACUUUACGAUAACACCGAGCGUCCUCGUCCCGCACAGUCACCGCAACCGCCAAGCCCAUUCACACGUACCCAGCAAUUGCCGGAGACGGUUACAAAUGUGCAAGAGGUUGCCCCCUACUAUGUGGUUGUCAAGAUACCGGGGGAGGAACGUGCGGAAUUUGUCCUGAUGCUGCCUUUCACGCCGAAAAGCAAGCCGAACCUCACCGCUUGGAUUGCUGCGAGAUGCGAUUUGCCACAGUAUGGACAACUGCUUGUCUAUCGCUUCCCGAAAGGAAAACUCGCCCCUGGACCGAUGCAGGUUGAAAACUUCAUCACACAAGAUCCUGAAAUUUCCCAGCAGAUUAGCUUGUGGAAUACGCAAGGUUCAAGCGUCCUACGUGGCAACUUGCUCAUUAUUCCGAUGGAUGAGUCAAUUCUGUAUGUUGAGCCGAUUUACAUCCAAGCGGAGAACGCAGAAUCUGCGAUUCCUGAAUUGCGCCGCGUUGUUGUCGGCUAUAAGGAAAAUGUCACAUGGGGAGCGAGCCUUGAUGAGGCGUUGAUUAACAUGUUCGGUAAGCGGUUGGAGGUCGCGUUAACACAAGACGCUCCUUCUACUGAAGCCGCUGAAGGGGUGAGUGCAUCCGUCCCGAUAUCUAUUUCGACACUGGCAAAACAGGCGAGAGAUCAGUUUGAGGAGGCACAGGAAGCGCAACGCACAGGGAAUUGGGCGGAAUAUGGACGUUACCUUAAUCUGCUCGAAGCGACUUUGCAACAACUUGAGGCGGACGCUCGGUAA